UUUCUUUUCAUGAAGUUUUUCCAGCAGCAGCAGGACUGACUGAUGCACAUCGGCGGUGUUCUCCUUCUCCUCCACCUUCAACAGCUCUGCACAUAUACCCAAGUGGUGCUCGCGAGCACCCUCUCCAUAUACCAGCUCCUCAUCGCUUGAUAAACUCACCCUGAAUGCAACUUCGGAAAAGGGAACUGCAUAUUCACUAAGGCCACAGAGCGUGUUUUGACGUGCACUGGUCUCGUGGAGUACAAGAAACACUCCAGCAUCAGGAUGAGAGCGAUUAACUUGGACACGUACAGCCUGUCUCUGCUGACCGCUAAAGAAGACAUCCUUAACCCGCGAGCAUCCACCAACUGGGCCUUAUUUACAUAUGAGGGAGUCAGCAACAAUCUCAAACUCACAGAUUCAGGAGCUGGAGGUUUGACAGAAUUGGUUGGGAAAUUUCACAACAGCAGGCCCGUGUAUGGCCUCUGCAGGGUGGGACUGACAGAAACAGGACAACCGCAGAUCGUCAUGGUCUGCUGGGUUGGUGACGGUGUGGAUGAGCUUCGCAGAGCUGAAUGUGCCAGUCAUGUGCCUGCCAUCAAGAACUUCUUCAAGGAGGCUCAAGCAUUUAUUACAGCCUCUCAGCAAGAUGAGGUGACGGAGGAGCAGAUUUUGGCUGCGGUUGCAAAGAUUCGACCACCAAUGGAGAGAAUGAGGAGACCCUCAAAGACAGUGGAUAAGGAGGAGACUGUGGGGACAAACUACAGGAAAACUAAUGCUGCAAUGGAGAUGAGACGGAUUAACAGAGACUCCUUCUGGGCACGUGCAGAGCGUGAGGAAGAGGAGAGAAAGGAAGAAGAACGUCGAAGGGCUCUAGAAGACAGGCGACGCUGGGAGAGAGAAAGAGUCCUGAAAGAAAAAAAAGAGGCUGAAGAAAGAGACCGAAAGAUGAAUGAAAAGCUGCAGAUGAUUGAAGAACAGAGGAGGAUCCAGGCUCAGCUUGAGGAAGAAGGUCGAAAAGUGGAGAAGUCGAAAUGGGAGCAGCAGCAGAGAGAGCAUGAGGAGGACAUGAGGGCUCGGCUCAGACGCAGCGAGUCUAUUGAGAAAGCAGCAGAGGCAGCAGCACUUGUUUCCCAGCGCACCAUGAAUCCCAGAGAGUUUUUCAGACAGUUAUCAGCAUCUUCACAAAAUUCUUCAAGUCCUGGAUCACCACGCUCAGGAAAAUCUCCAUUCCGUCGCUACCAGCGCAGUUUGACAGACACUGCCUUCAUCUUUGAGAGGACCAACUCCACCUCUGGUCCCACAUCUCCACUCAGUCCUUCUGCGAGAUCCCCAUUCACACGGACCGCAUCCACAUCCUCAUACACAUCCUACAAAUGUCCAACAUCUCCACUUAGUCCAACUUUCCGGAGGAUCCCUUCUCCACAGCACCCUCCAACAUCUCCCCCCACAUCGCCUCCUCCACGCUCCGUCCCGCCGCUGUCUCCUCUACCCAGUCUGCCAGUUUCCAGACCCCCUCCACCCCAGUCUACACCACCCAGCCGACCUCCUCCUCAAGCCCCAGUCCAGCCUUCAGCUCCACCUGCAUCUCCAGAGCCGCUGGACAUUCUCAAUAAGUCAGAGACGUACAUCUGUGAGGUUAACCAAGAGGAAUUCACUGUCGCUACAGAACGUCCCACAGCUUCACUCUCUGAAAAUGCCAUCAACACUACAGAUCUUGUUACUGCCUCUCCAAUGCUGUGUGAAUCAAAAUCAGAAGUGGACUUUACAGUUAGAGCUGUGCUGGUUGAAGAAGACGAAGACGAAGAAGAAGAUGAUAAAGUAGAGGUAGAAGAACCAGACCAACCGUCAACUUCAGAUAUCAAAGGCAGCACAAACUAUGAAGAAACAGUGGAAACAGUAGCAGAGGAAGUGGAGUGUGAGGAUGAGGAUGAGAAGAGUAUAAUCAGGCCUCUGGUGGAGGUUGAGGAGCAGGAGCAGGAAACCAUGUCUGAAUCUGAGGAUGAAGAAGAUGCAGAGGAGAAGCCGGCUGCAGAAUCACUGGACAACCAGAACACUAUUGUGGAGGAGCAUUUACAGGCUGAAGAAGACAGAAAUGUGAUCUCAGAUGAUGAAGCUGAGGAAGAUCCACCAGAGAAUCAAGAGUUGUGUGUGAACGUAUCUGAGUUUGAGCUGAUGACCGGAGAAGAUGAAUUUGAAUGUGGGACACCGCUUAACGGGACAGUAGAGGACGUGGAUGUAUCUGAGCACAGCACACCUGAGCGCUACUGUUACACCGUCAACCGAGAGGAGGAAGAUGAAAUCCAGACGGAGGUUUUAAAAGAGAAUGGCGAAUCAUCACCAGAAAGACUUCUGCGCGUCAGAGCUUUAUACGACUACCAAGCAGAGGAUGACACUGAGCUGUCUUUUGAACCUGGUGACAUCAUCAGCGAUGUGGAAACAAUCGACAAAGCGUGGUGGAGGGGCUGCAGCAAAGAUGGACGCCAGGGACUUUUUCCUGCCAACUUCGUAGAGACCAUCUAAAGACUUCUCAAUUAAAGACGGUUCCUCUUCCCUUUUUCUCUUCACCAGUUCUCAGGGACUAAGAACAUAAAGCCCCGUCUAUGAGGACGUAGCAUGUGCUCUGAGACUAAGAGUCACAGGAAAAGGGUCUGGAAGUGAAGCGUUCACAGGCAGAAUCCAGCCAACAAUCCUUUACAAGCAGCCAAAGUCCACAAUGGAGCCUUUCAUGAUCGUCCACUGCAAGACUGAGGAGGAUUCUCACACAACGCCAGCUCAGAUACGGAUUCAGUACACUUCCUGUUACACAAAUCAUCAAAUCAUACACAAUUAUCACACACUUUACAUCAUUUAUUAUUUUACACACGGUUCUUACUGUUAUCAUUACCAAAGGUGGUGGAGCUGUCUACUGAAGUUUGUUAAUCCAGCUAACAUAGUCAUGUAACGGCUCACCCUGAAUAUAGAAACUUUUUUUACUGUGUCUGAUAAUGUAGGUUAAGUAGCCGUUACAUGCUAUGUGUUUUGUUUUUUUAAAGCAGAGACAUGUUUACAGCCGUUUGAAAGGCCGAGACCAAAUGUAAUCAAAGCUAACGGCUUCAUGUAGAAACUAUUGCUUAAAAACAGUGCUAUAUUUGAUCUAUGACUAUUUUAAAAUGUAAUUCAGAGAGAUGAAUGUGCAAAUGUAUGCCCUACUUCCAGAUGUGAAAUCUACGAAUCCCUAAUUGUUUCAGAUCUCUGUCCUAUAAAACAUCCAUUGUUUUACUUUGUAAAAGAGCGCAAGCCAUUAUCUAAAUCUUUCACUUCUUUAUGAGGAGCAGAAAGAUUUGUUUGGGAAAAAAAGUGAGACCUGAUCAGAUUUCAAAAUUUCUCAAAAAUGGUAUGUACUGUACACACUUUAUAAAAAUAAGAUCUUUAAAAAAACUGGGGUUUAUUGAUAUAAACUAGCCUAGCGGAGAGGAUAAACCAUAACUAGUGAGUCACGACACUACUAUGAUUACAAUAUUUUGCUUUAGCAAACAGUGCUUUGACAUGCUGAAAAGAGUUCACAUGCUGACCUGGGAGAGAGCCCUGAGCUCAUAAGUUCCUUAAGCCCAGGGCUCCCUCCUGUUUGCAAGCCAAGAGGGGAGUUUGAGCUCAGUUAGAUCUUGAGAACUCCCCUGCUGUAGUACCUAAUGAACCACUGGGCCACCAUGCCACUCAUCUUGGAAAGGAGGAGAAGGGGUGGAAGGUGGGAAUGUUCAAAACGAAGAUGGCUGUUAUAUGAAACUUCGGAUAUUUAUAGUGGCUUAGGAAUCGUCUGAUUGGUGAAUCAUAAAUUGAAUAAUGCAGGACUGGCUGCAAGCAAACAUAUGCACGUGAUCCUUUCGAAAUUAGUUUAUAAAUAAACCACAAAAACCCAUUGAAAUCAAGAUUUAAUUUACAAGGGUGACCUGGCUAAGAGCUGUGCAACACACGACUUCUUAAGAAAAAUAAUAAUAAAUAAAAUGUAAAGAUACAGAUUAGUUAUUCAGCUGUACCACAUUACAAUACUGUAUGUUAAAAACACAUACGUUGAGAAAUGGACUGUCGUUGUUUGUUAUAAAGGAUAGAAUGAAAUGAUUUGAUUGGGAUGAGCUCAGACAUUUUUAGAUUAGACUGAAGAGUAUUCCAGGAUGAGGGAGUGGCAUGUCUAAAGGCUCGCCUCCCCAUAACCUUAUAUUACAAGCAGACAGCAGUAUAAUAGAACUUGGCUGCCAUUACAUAUUUUUAAAUGCUCUGAAACCUUGCACAUAAACUAUCGUUCAAAGGAUUGGUGUCUGUACGAUAUACGAAAUAUUAUUAUUUAAGUAAUUUUCUUCUGCUCACCAAUUCUGUACACUCUCAGAAAUAAAGGUAGAGGAGCUGUCACUGGGGCAGUAUUUUUUCAAAUUAUACACAUUUUAAGAGUUUAGAUGCAAAAACCUCUACAGUAAGUUCCAUCUGUAAUUUUCUUCUAAAAUGAGCAUUUUUCAAAGCCUCAUGUUUAUGUUCAGUUAUUUCAUGUUGAAAGCGAUGAAAAUAACUCAUUAUUCACCAUAAAAGUGACAUUUCUGGACCAGGACAUAGAAACCUGAAAAAUGGUAAUAUUAGAAGAAAGUUUCAGGUGGCACUUCAUUUGUACCAAAGACUCUAGAUACAUCUUAAAGGGACGUUGUUUGUACCCAGAGUUCACAGUGGUACCUCAAAAGGGCAUAUUAGUACCCAAUUGUACAGAUGUUGCCACCUCAAUAUGUUCCCUCUGCCGCUGGACUUGCUAAUCAAAUGUCUCUCAUUCUAAUAAAUAAAUGUUCGUAACGGAAUAACGUAAAAGGGCUUUGUUAUUCACUCAGCAUGCACGGUGUAACCGUUUUCAAAGUCUGUCUAAUUUGUUUAACUGCAGGCUGAUGAGAUAUACAUACAAGAUUGACAUUUAAACUAAAAGAAAUUCCUUUGACCAUAAUGGCGAUGUUAUUAUCUCAAAUUUUAAACAUGCACACACUACAAGAUAUGAAAACCAUGGCACAGCACACACUAGAAGAUAUUAUGUGCCCGAUGGAGCACAUCACCUAAGUGCAGUAUAACUUGAUUUAUCUAUAAUUAGUGUUCACUAUGUAAAUGUUUGACUGACUGCCACCACACUGGAUGACACAACAGUCAACAUCAAAUGAAAUGAGUGUAGUCAACAAAAUUCAUUUGAAAAGAGUUUUGAACUCAGUGUUGAAGGUAAUGAGUUAAGUAAUACCUCAUUACUUCAACUCAAAUGGAUUAAGUUCACACUACUCACAUAGAUUUUUUUUUACUCAAAUUGUUUGUAGCAAUCGGUUUCCUUAAACGGUAUGAGUUGACAACUUAUUGAGUUCUACAGUACUCAGUUGGUUUGAGUUCUCUUCAUUUAUUGGGUUUUACUGUGCCUGAAUUGCUUCAUUUACUCGAAUGUAAUAAGUUCACAGUACUCAUUUGGAUUAGUUUUUGAACUUAAAUGGUUUGUUGCAAUCAGUUUUCUCAAAUGAUUUGAAUGACCUUAACAUUUUGGGGUUUUACAUACAUGCAAAACACACUCAUGCACUCAAAAUAGGUUCCCUUUUGCAUAGCUAAUAGUGGCAGUUAUGAAAUAAAAUGAAUGGGCAUUAUGGACCCUUCAGGUAUAAGUACGUUUUGAAAAGGUACUUCCCCAGUUACAGCUCCUGCACCUUAAAGUUAAUAUUGUGAUAAUGAUUAUAUUAGAAGAAAAAACUGCUUUCUAUUUUGAUUUAUUUAGUUUUCAGUGUUACCUGAUGUGGAUUUGGUGCUCGAAAUACAGCAUUUCUUUGGCCAUUAAUAAUUAUUGCAAAAACCUACUUUAAUCCACAUUGAAUUAAUUAAAUGUCCUAUCAAUUAAGAUAAAGUUUGCUGAAUAAAAGUAUUCAAAAUGCGUAAAAAAACCUACUGUACUGACCAAAAACUUUUGAACAGUAGUAUAUACGAUAAGGUAAUGUUCACUUUUGUGUAAAUAUUAUGAAAUACAUGUUGUUUUUCUAUGUAAUUUAUUUAUCUGAACAUGAACAGAUAUAUUUCCUCCCUCUAGCUAAGGUUUAUUCCAGUCAUUUUUCAGCUAACAAAGUUCUUCUGUUUGUUUUUAUAUGGAAAAAUCACACAAAUACAUUUACCCUCUAUUCUCCCUUUCACUCAAUUCUUAUUGUAAUAACCAAUUAGAUGUGUUUGUUUUUUCACAAUCUGCAAUUUAAUGCUUAAUUUUAUGUGUUUGCCUUGUUUCACAGCCAGUACACUGCCUUCUUUCAUACUGUUUUGAGGCUCACAAUCAUUAAAAAGACAUUAUUCACAUGUGUAUUAAUGCAUGAGAUCAAAUUAAAGGGAUACUGGGUCAUAAUGGA